CGCUGAAUUCGGUGACAGCGUCGAAAACACGAAAGCGUUUUUCAGUUGAUAAUAAAUUUACGUCAAAUGUGAUUUCAGUCACUUUGCUUGAUGAAUCCGAAGUGCUCCAAACGACAUAUUCGUACGUUUCUUCCGUGAUGCUUUCUAUUGUAAGUACGGUAUGGUCGUACAUUUAUUGGUACCUCCGGCCAGCUUUGAAAUGGUUUUUACGAAGAACAACUCGUUUGUGUGAAUUACAAAGGAUAUGUUAUGGUGAAGAAUUUGGUUAUACAAGAUGUAGUAAAAUUGAAUCAGCAUUAGCCUUGUCACGUACAAAGGAUAUGCAGAAGAUGGUCCAACAGCUUAAUAAUUUGGCAACUCAAGGAAGAUUUACUGAUGUUAAAUCUAGAAAUUGUGUUGAAUAUGCUCUCAAGCUCACCGUUGAUAUUAAAAAUAUUAAUCCUUCCACUCAUAUGCCAUUUAUUGAUGCAUAUCAUAUCUGCCUGUAUCAAAUAUAUGGUUAUAAGCAAUUGGUGUAUGAUGUUGAAGUGCUGAGAAAAACCCAGUAUGAUUCUGAGAACAAAGAACAUGAGGAAAAGCUGCUAAAGUUAUGGAAACUUUUAAAGCCAGACGAAGAACUACAAAAUCGAAUUUCUAAGCAGUGGACAGAGAUUGGUUUUCAGGGUGAUGAUCCCAAAACUGAUUUUCGAGGCAUGGGGAUUUUAGGAUUGGAAAAUUUAUUAUUCUUUGCUUCUGAAUAUGGUGAUGCUGCAAGACAUGUUUUACUGCAUUCAAAUCAUCCAAGUUAUGGGUACUCAUUUGCCAUUGUAGGUAUAAACUUGACUAGCAUGGCCUAUCAUAUGCUGAAAGAUCUAAGUCUUAAGGUACAUUUGUAUAAUGCCGUAAGAGGAAGACCACAUAUCAAGCAUUUCCAUUAUGUGUAUUGCUACCUUUUUUAUGAAUUUGACAAGUUUUGGCUUUCUGAAAAACCAAGAGAUAUAAUGGAAUUCAGUAGAAUUAGAGCUAAGUUUGAAUCUGAAAUAUUAAAAAGACUUGAAAAUCCUAAAACCAAGUUAAAAUUAAGUUUCAUUGUUGAAACCUUGUGAUACUAUGUAGUUUUAAGAAAUUAUUGCAAUUGUAAUUUUUUUUUUAUAUUUUGACAAUUUAUAUAAGAGAAAAAAAAGCAACUAAUUUUA